CUUUCUACCUCCUCCAGUUAGAACAAGAGUUGCUUCGAAAAAUUCCUCAGAGGAAAAGAAAGGGGCAAAAAUGCAAUCCAUGUCGCUGACCCUGACCAAGAGGCUCUCUAAUUCGAAGCCUCUCUGUAGAUUCUCCUCCAACCUCGCCGCCUACUCAACCACCACCACCUCCCCUCCGCCGCCGUCACCUCCGAUCUCCGCCGCCGCCAACGGCAUCGCCUCCCCUCCCUCCUCUCUCUUCACCGGUCCAUGGUCCGCCACUCAAACCCGUGGAAUCACGCUCUCUGGAUCUGAUGUUAGAGUUGGGAAUCUCAUUGAAAACCGAGGGCGCGCUUACGAGGUUCUUAAAUCAUAUCAGUCUCAUGAAGGAAUGGGAAAAGCUGCUAGCAAGGUUCUACCUCAUAGUGUAGCUGGUUAUGCCACAGCUGCUACUGCAGCGGGUGAGAUCCAAAGCAAGGUACGUAGCAGUGGACUGAGGAGUCAAGGCCCGAUGUCAAAGAGAGAGCAGCUCCUAAAAGUUUCUGCAGUUGCCUCCCUUCUUUUAUUAUACCCAAAUGCCUAUUCGUUGCUUGUAGCAAAUUGCUUUGUAUUCUGGCACACUCAUGCGGGGAUCGAAGAGAUUUUAGCAGAUUAUGUUCACCAUGAAGUGACCCGAGAGUUUGUUUCGAUCUCUCUCAGAUUGUUCCUGAUAAUUGCAAUGAAGGAUGUGUUCUUAAAUUUGAUUUUUGUAUAAUCAGAUAGUGCUUGGUUUGUGCUGACAUUGCUUUACAAUAAGAGCUCAUUGAGGAGCAAACCUGAGAAAACAGUUAUUUGUAUUUUAGUCGUCUCUCAAACUAGGCGAGUCGCCAUGAUAAUUUCAUGUUUUAUCAAGUUAAUGGAUGAAGUUUAUAGUUUAUGCCA